AAAUGUAACAUCCUUUCACCUGUCGCAUCUGUUUCAGCUGCUGCAUCUUUUUCUCCUGUCACCACUACUUCACCUGGUGCAUCUUUUUCACCUGUCACAACUAUGGUAAAUAUUUUACAUGAAGGUAUCACAGUAGAAUCAAAAGCUACAUUUGAAUUUUUUAUUAAAAUGAAAGCAAGCGAUCGAAAUAACCCUCGAGCAAAUAACGAAGAUACAGCACAAAAAUUAGUUCUUGCGGAUCUAAAUCCUAUUCAAGGUGAUUGA